CUGUCAAAACGGAUGGACGGCCUGGACGUAAGUCACACGCAUCAAGGUGGGGCCCACAGUCAGUGAUCUAACAACCACGUGUCCAAAAAAGUGCUCUCUCCAUGUACCGAAUCUCGACGGCUCAUUGCAAAGUUGAAACUCAUCCUCAUUUUGGGUGUGUUUGGUUGCACCAAAUUGGACUGAUGAAUAUCAUGAAAUUUCAUACUUAAGCUAAUUUCAUGAUAUUUUUGUGCAACCAAACGCACUCCUAUAUACGGAAAGGAUUUAUUCAGUUUCGAUAAAGCUCUAUUUCAAGUGAGCCAAGGAGAAACCAUGGCGAUCGAAUUCGCCAUGAAAAGCGAAAGCAAAAAUACACGCUACAACGGAAGGAUGACUCCCUUCGUCGUAAUCUCAUGCGCCAUGGCAUCCAUGGGAGGACUCAUCUUCGGCUACGAUAUCGGAAUUUCAGGUGGGGUCACUUCAAUGGCGUCGUUCUUGAAGAAGUUCUUCCCUGAAGUCUACACAAAGAUGAAAGAAGACUCGAAAACCAGCAACUAUUGCAUAUUCGACAGCCAGCUUCUCACCUCAUUCACUUCGUCUCUAUACAUCGCCGGCCUCAUCACCACCUUCUUUUCUUCGCGGGUCACGCGUGCUUUCGGGCGCAAGCCUUCGAUAAUUGCUGGUGGGGCUGCUUUCCUCUCUGGGACAGCUCUCGGCGGCGCUGCCGUCAACAUCUACAUGCUUAUCUUUGGUCGGAUUUUGCUCGGAGUCGGUGUCGGAUUCGCAAACCAGUCAGUCCCACUAUAUCUAUCAGAAAUGGCCCCACCUUGGUACAGAGGAGCAAUCAACAAUGGCUUCCAGUUCUGUAUCGGAAUCGGAGUUCUCUCCGCAAACCUCAUUAACGUUGGCACCGAAAAGAUUAAAGCAGGCUGGGGCUGGCGCAUCUCUCUCGCCAUGGCUGCAGUUCCAGCUUUGAUGCUAACCCUUGGCGCCCUCUUCCUUCCCGAAACUCCCAACAGCCUCAUCCAGCGUGGCGACAACCACCAAAAGGCUGUGGAGAUGCUGAAGAGGAUCCGUGGCACCACAGACGUCCAAGCAGAGCUGGACGAUCUCAUCAAAGCCAGUGCAGUUUCGAAAACCAUCAACCAUCCAUUCCAAAAGAUCAUUCAGAAGAGGUACAGGCCUCAACUGGUAAUGGCAAUUGCAAUCCCGUUCUUCCAACAGGUAACCGGAAUCAACGUGAUUGCAUUCUACGCUCCUCUCCUAUUCCGCACGAUCGGUCUCGGGGAGAGUGCUUCACUCAUGUCAGCCGUGGUGACAGGACUCGUGGGCACCACCUCAACCUUCGUAUCAAUGAUGGUUGUGGAUAGAUUGGGCCGACGGCUUCUGUUUAUGAUCGGAGGAGUCCAGAUGUUCAUCUCCCAAAUGAUGAUUGGAGGAAUAAUAGCAGCUCAGCUUGGCGAUCACGGCGGGUUGAGCAAAGGCUAUUCCUAUCUUGUUUUGGUUUUGAUUUCCGUCUAUGUGGCUGGUUUUGGGUGGUCUUGGGGUCCACUGGGGGCCUUGGUCCCAAGCGAGAUCUUUCAAUUGGAGAUAAGAUCAGCUGGGCAGAGCAUUGCCCUGGGGGUUAGCUUACUGUUCACUUUCAUUAUUGCUCAGACAUUCCUAUCUAUGCUCUGCCACUUCAAGUCUGGUAUAUUCUUCUUUUUCGGAGGGUGGGUGGCAGUGAUGACCGUAUUCAUCUACCUGUUCUUGCCCGAGACUAAGAACAUGCCUAUCGAAAAGAUGGACCAGGUGUGGAGAGAGCACUGGUUUUGGAAGAGCAUUGUGGCGGACAGGAAUAAGCUGGAAGGAGAGGAUGGGAUGGGCUCAAGUUUGUGAGGCGCACCCUCCGUGUACACUCUGAAACAUGAAAUAAUGCAGCCUGUGAUUCUAAUGGCAGAAGGAUGCGUUUGGAUGCAUUAUUGGAUUCAAUUGCAACAACUGGAUCAAUGAAGAGGGAAUGGUCCAAGUGCAAUUGCUUUCGUCAGUAUUCAUAGCACUGUUCCAAAUUCCAAAUUGUUUUACUUUCAAGUAGGAUUUGAGCAUUAGACAACGAUGAUUUAGCCAUAUCCUCUCUAUUUAAAAGUACUGCAAUUCAGUCCAAUAAUGCAUUCAAACACAGCUCAA